AUGGACUGCCCGGUGCCAAAAAGUUUGGAUGAACUCGAAUUCUCGGCCGCGCAGGUGAGAUCUUUAAUUUUGACAACAAAAAAAAAUUUUAAUUUAAAAAUUUUCAGAUAAUGCAAAAUGCGUCUCUCAACUGCUCCACUGAUAUUUUCUCGCAAUUGAUUUUUGAAAAAUUCAAAGUCAAUCUGCUUUUCGAGGAGAAACCAUUUGUUCAUGUUUGGUAUUCGCAGGUUUUUUAUUGUGUUCUGUUUACGUUGACGAUUGCGGCUGCGUUGAUUGGAAAUUUUACGGUUAUGUGGUGAGUUUGAGGGGGAGACGGGGAUUAGUUUGGUUUUCUAGGCCAAUAGUGGCCUAGGAAUUUGUAUUCUAGGCCAUCCAGGGGUUUCUAGAUACCUAAAACUUAACAAGUUAAAUUCUUGGCCGAGGCCUAGAACUUUGUAUGUGAUUUUCUAGGCCAGCACUAAGGUGGUGGUUCAGCAUAUUUGUCAGAAAAUUGUACUAGAAGUCAAAAAUGCCCUAGGAAUUUUUAUUUUCAUAUUUCUAGGCCAUCCUGAGAACUCCAAGGCCUAGAACUAUCAUCUAGACUUUUUUCGGUCAUCACUAGAUCUCAUAGGGUUGUGGCCCUCUGAGCCUGGCUGGCCUAGAAUUCCAUACCCAGUUUUCUAGGCCACCUUCUAAAUGAUCAAAGUACGCGCCCUUUCCACUUACGCAUUUCCAACCAAAAAAACAUUUUUUUUUCUUCAUUAAUCCCAAACAUUGUAGCUAUAUAGUAGUAGUAGUACAAGAAUUUUCUCAAAAAUCCCAUUUUUUUCUCAAGUCGAGAAAAAUCUAUGACUAAAAGAUCAAACUUUCAGGAUAAUCCUAUACCAUCGUCAAAUGCGAAGUGUCACCAAUUAUUAUCUGUUCAACCUGGCUGUCGCUGAUACAUCGAUCUCGAUUUUUAACACCGGGUUUUCGUGGACCUACAACUACUAUUAUGUUUGGAGGUAAACUAGGACUACUCGAGUUCCCAUAAAUCCCAACAAUAUCUUCAGAUUCGGUCAAUUCUACUGCCAAGUCAAUCAACUCAUGGGCAUCACUCCAAUUUGUGCAAGUGUCUUCACAAUGAUUGUGAUGAGCAUCGAACGAUACUACGCGAUUAUGCAUCCGCUGAAGAAGCGGCCCGGAAAGCGAUCUACUGUCACAAUCAUUUGUUGUAUUUGGUUCUUGGCGUUUUCGUGUGGUGUUCCGGCUUUUGUUUAUUCAAAAGUCGAUGUUUUCUAUUUUUAUGACAAUGUUAGUUUGUAUGAGAAUCCGCUAUGUUUUUCGGAUAAUUGGCCUGGUGGAAGAGAUUCGUGGAUUGGAUCCUAGUGAGUUUUGAGGGGGGAGGGGUUCUGCGUCUCUAACUUUUUUUUUAACUAACUGUACGCUGGUGUCCUGUGUCUGUUGCCUCUUUGCCUGGUCUCUACCCGUUUUCUCCAUCUGCGUCUCUGUCUUUCUAGAGUUCUCUAACCGUCUGCUCUCCUGCCUAGAUCUCUAGUUACCUGCUCACUUCUUGCUUUAGCUUCUUUUUUGUUAUCGUUUCAGUGGAAAACGAGUGCGAACAGCUAGAAUUUCACGUGAGAGAAAACGAGAGAGUGAAAAUUAGCGUGUGUGCAGAAGAGAGUGCGAUACGAAAAAGGGAUAUGAACAGAAAAAAUAUUUUUUUUUCGCUGUGCCUUCGAAACCAUUAACCAAUUUCCAGCUACAAUCGCUCCAUCAUCAUCCUCGAAUACAUCAUUCCACUCUGCAUCCUUUCCGUCGCCUAUUUCCGUGUGGGCGUUGAAUUGCGCAAAGAUCGCACAGUCGGCGAUGUCCGUCACGCCAAAUCGGUUGCGGCCAAGAAGAAAGCGUCAAUUAUGCUUGCGGCCGUUGUGUUCAUCUUCAUGUUCGUCUGGUUUCCGUAUAAUGCUUAUUAUUUGAUUUUGGAUUUGGUGAAAAAUGUGGAGAUACAGAAUCGAUUGGUAUGUUCCUAGAUACAAGUUGAUUUCAAUUUUUUUAAAAAUUAUUUUCAGGUGAGCCUCUACAUUUACAUCAAUAUUUAUUGGCUUGGCAUGUCUUCAACGGUUUUCAAUCCAGUCAUUUACUACUUUAUGAAUAAAAGGUUAGACUUACCCUAAUUCCAAUUCCCCUCAUGAGUUCCUCUUUUCUAGAUUCCGCGUCGGAUUCCACCGCGCUUUCCGCUGGCUCCCAUUCAUCAAAUCGGAUCGUGAUGAAUACCGUGCAAUUCUAUCAAAAACCCGUCCCUCAAUCAUUCCACCAUCACAAUCGCAAGUUGUGGCCAACACUGAUUUCUAG